AUGGCUCUUUCUCAACGUGUAUUCUCUGAAGCUCUCCGUGAUAUGCAACGUGCAAUGGCCGUCUUUGACCAUCCCUUCUUUAACGGUGUCCGAGGUUCCUGGCUUUCAAAUCGCCCAGGUGGUUUUAGUUCCAAUGUAGGUGACGACCUCAUGUCCUCUUCUCGUUUCCCCGUUACUGAUCUCAAAGAAACACCAACCAACUACGAGUUGGUCGCUGAAUUGCCGGGCUAUGAGAAGAAGGAUGUCAAGAUUGAAUUGACGGAUAGCCGUACUCUGCUUUUGAAGGCUUCCAAGAACGAAGAACAUGAAAGCAGAUCUACUCCAAUGGAGGAUAAGGAAGAAGCUGGUGAACUUGCUCAAAGGAAUGAAGACGGUCAUACUUGGUGGGUAAAGGAACGUGUUUCUGGUUCAAUCACAAGGUCCUUUGUUUUCCCUACACCCAUUCCUGCUGAAGGCAUCAAGGCUUCCUUUGAGAAUGGUCUUCUUAAAGUAACCAUUCCCAAGGCAACAGAGCAACAAGCCAAGCAAAUCAACAUUGAUUAAAGAAUAUCAAGCUCUUGAUUAUUAUUUAGUCGAUUCGUUUCAUUCUCUAUUUAUUGAAUUAGCUUCAUUCUCUAUUUAUUGAACUAGCUUCAUUCUCUAUUUAUCUUUUCAACUUCUCAGUGACCAUACCCUAAGACUCAAAUAAAAAUUUAAAUAAACAUUGAUUCGUUUCUAUGUAUUUAUUAUAGAAUCUCUCUCCAGUAUUCAUUCAUUUAUUUCUCAUUGAAAUGAAUUCAAU